AUGAAACAUUCCGUGUGUUUGUUUUUUAUCUGUUCAUGGAUAAUUUUGAAUGUUCUCGGUCAACAGGAUGUUCUGUCGGAAAAAAUUCGACAAUUAACUACAUGGUCACUUAAAAAGCCAGUCAUUCGUCUAAAUACUGAACGUUUUAAUGAUUAUGUUAAAACAUCACAAAGAGAUUAUGCCAUGAUGAUUAUGUUUACAGCAUUAGCUCCACAACGACAAUGCAGUAUUUGCAAACAAGCACGUGAUGAAUUUGAAAUAGUUGCACAAAGUUAUCGUUAUUCAAGUGCAUUUUCAAAUAGUCUCUUUUUUGCCAUGGUCGAUUUUGAUGAAGGUUCUGAUGUAUUUCAAUAUUUAAAAUUAAAUACAGCACCAGUAUUUAUUCAUUUUCCACCAAAAAUGAAACCAAAAAAAAGUGAUUUUAUGGAUAUUAGUCGUACGGGAUUUUCUGCUGAACAAAUGGCAAAAUGGAUUCAUGAUCAUGCUGAUGUUGAAAUUCAAAUAUUUCGUCCACCAAAUUAUACUAAAUUUGCACUCAUAGCAUUAAUUAUAACAAUGAUUCUUGGUUUACUUUAUGUUAAACGAGAUAGUUUCAAAUUUCUUUGUAGUAAUAUUCUAUGGGGAUUAUUUGUAAUCGGUAUUGUUUGUUAUUUCAUCUCUGGACAAACGUGGAAUCUUAUAAAUUCACCACCACUUAUGCCCCAACAUAAACAUGAUAUGGUAAAGUAA